AAGCCGAGGCAACAGUCCGGGGUCCACCGCGCUCAUAUCUGGUCUGUGUCCAACUGCUUUUUUUCCUAAAUGGCAACGACGGCAGAGGACCAGCGGGAACCGGCGGACGCCGCUGCACUGCCGACACACCACGGCUGCCACCACCACAACAGCAACAACAAUAACAACAACAACAAUAACAACAAAGACAGCGAGGCGGGAGAGAGCGCGACCUCUGCCACCGCCAGCUCGACAGAAUCCGGCGGGACGGCGUCGCAGAGCAUCGGUAACGGCUCGGUUAUCAACCCUAACGGGGGGAACAACGGGAAGUGGGUUCGGCUCAACGUUGGCGGUACGGUGUUCCUCACGACGCGGCAGACGCUCCUCAAGGAGCAAACUUCGUUCCUGUACCGGCUGUGCCAGCAGCAGGACCUGCACUCGGACACGGAUGAGACUGGAGCUUAUGUAAUUGAUAGGGAUCCUACCUACUUUGGCCCCAUCCUCAACUACUUGCGGCAUGGCAAACUGGUCUACAACAAGGAGCUCGCUGAAGAAGGUGUCCUGGAGGAGGCCGAAUUUUACAACAUCACCCCGCUCAUCAAACUGAUUAAAGAGAGGAUCGUAGAGAGAGACUCCAAAGCCACACAGCAGGUGCCCCCCAAGCAUGUCUACCGAGUUUUGCAGUGCCAGGAGGAGGAGCUGACCCAGAUGGUCUCCACGAUGUCGGACGGCUGGAAGUUUGAGCAGGUCAGCGUGCGCGCCUGCAGAAAGCCCCGCACCGGACUGCUCUGGACUAUGGUGAACAUCGGCUCGUCGUACAGCUAUGGAACAGAGGAUCAGGCUGAAUUCCUGUGCGUCGUAUCGAAGGAGCUCCACACGGCCGGGUCUGGGCUGGGAACAGAGCAGAGUCACAAAACCAAGCCCGCAGAGAUGCAGGAGGAGGAAGCGGCGAAGGAGGAGGAGGAGGAGGAGGAGGAAGAGGGGGGGAGAGAUACCACACCAAAUGAGUGGCUUAGAGAAUGAGGGAGUCAUGUUUCUUUGUUCCAAAGAGAUGCCUGACUGGCUUUUUCAGAUCCACGGGUCCCGGAUGUAGAAAUCACGAGAAUUUAUUUUUCCUAUGCUUGUCAUGUUCUGUACAUGGCAUUUGUGUGUUUUUGUCCGUGGACAGUCAUCACAAUACGUAGCAUUGUUGCCACUUCAUUGACAAAAUGCUAGUUAGCAUUAGCAAACGUCCAAAAAUGUCUAAUAUCACUGUUAACGCAAUGGAGCAAUACCAUCUUAAAAAAAGAAAAAAGUGAAAUCACCUUAAUUUACAGACAUGCUCAUGUAUUGUGUCUGUGCAAAUGUUAUAUUGCCAAGGGCAGUAGUGCAGCUUAGUAAAUCAUGACCAAAGAGCCAUAUUGGAUCUGGCUGAACCAAGGUGCUCAUUCUUAAUAUGACAGGAGAGAAUUGGCCUCGUGUUGGUUAACCUGUGAGGAGCUGUCCCAUCUGUGCUGCACAGGAUUUGCAUCAUUAUAUUUCCUAAUGAAGCAGCUAUCCCAGUGAUUUACGCAAUCGUUGCCCAGUCUUUGACCACCGACUCUGCUGAAGUCCUGACAGUAUUUCAUAGUUGUGUACGAGGUUUUCUCAUGACAAAAAAAAAUCACCUUGUUUGUGAAGAAAACCUGCCAGCAGCUGCUGGACCCCACAGAGCAAAAGUGUGUUAAAUCACCCAUAUCAGCCUUAUUUAGAGAUGACUUCAAGCGUACUCAAGUAAUUAAAUCUUCACAAGCUCAACUCAAAGUCCACUAAUUUGUUGCUCUCAGUCAUUCAGGAGGGUGUGUGUUUGUGUGUUAGCAUAGCCACUUCUUGGUUUGGACUGUGUAACUGAAGUAGGUCAAAAAAUGUGCUUGUGGGGACAAUUUUACACUUUCUGGACAUUACAAAGGUGCACACGCUGCACUGGUGAAAACACAAACUGCUCUACAUUGUCGCCCACAGACACACACACGCGCACGCAUACACAUAUAUCCCUUGUUUGUGCUGAUGCAUACCUGCAUCACCUUGCACAACAGCAGUGUUGCUUCAGUCUGUUGCCAUGGCUGGGAUCCAGUUCCUGCUUUGGCCUCAACAGACUUAGAGACGUUGGUGUAGUCAGGAAAGGCUUAAAAAGCAGGCAUGGAGGAGGAAGGGGACAAGGAUGAGUCUGGUAUACCACAGCUUUGUAAUAAUAGUGAUCAUAUCCUGUUUUUGUUCCAAUAAAGGCCUCACAGCAGGCAGAUCUGCUGCAGUGCAGGUGUAUGGCUGAAAAUAAAAUGUCAAAAAAAAAGCCACGUGACUUUUAACAACCUCUGCUGUGAACAUGCAAGAACUACACCACAGAUCACAUUUGAACUCAUGCACAAGACUGUGGCCAAUGUCCUUAUAGCUCUAGGCAUCACUCAGCAAAUACACCACUCACAUUUGGUGUUUAUUAAACUUCAGGAGGUGCGCUUAGUGAAUGUUAGGGUGAAACCAAAAGGGUUAUACAUUAGUUAUAAAACAGCAGGUUUUUAAAGCAUGUAGAUAAGAAUUUAGAGUAGGUCUGCUAUAGUCCAACAUCAUGAUGUAGCUUAUAAGAAAACACUUUCUAGAACAGAUGCUAACAUUAAAAUGCAACUCAGUACUUCUUGGAUGCAUAAAUAAGUACAUUUGUGGAGUAAGUGAUGUAUCGGUCUGUUUUCAGCCUCAAAUUAAGAUUUGGUGUGCUUCUCAGAUUUAACUCAAGCCCAGAGGGAUUAUUUCUGCCUCUGAGACUACAGCAGCCGUGUUAAGCAUCGUCUGCCUGCAGCUUUAGUCUCACCUCCUGCUGUUUAGCUCCUGCAGCACACCUACUGACCAGCAACACACAGCCAACAAGUUUGCAGGGGUCACAAAUUUGAGACAAUCGAGAAAUAAGAUCGUGGUCGGCAACCUUUUUUUUUUUUCUCUCUCUCUCUCUCUCUCUCCUAACAUUUUGAUAAUAAAAUCAAUUUAAAAUAAAAAAAAUAAAUGGGAUGUAAAUACAAUAUUCCAUGUUUGUUUUCCAUUUAUAGCACUGAACAGAAAACAUAUCCUCAACCUGUGGGAUCCUCCCGAUCCCUAAUUAGGAGGAUUAGCAGAACACGGUAAAUGUUAAAUGUGUAGUUAGCCUGCAGUUACUGCGUACAAUACUCAUAACAGUGAUAUUGACAGAACAGAGAAGACCAAAAGAUUUCAUUUCUUCAGCUUUUUUUUUCUCUUUGUGGCUUUUAACUUGGAUCAUUCAGUGCCUUGAGUUCAAGCAGCAAAACAGACAUGUCAGCAUGAUCGUAGCUGUUAUUCCAUGCGUUUUUAAGUGGCUGCUUUUAAUAUUUUACAGUAGAUGGUUUACAAUCUCACUUUUUGUUUUUACUGUAAUUGUCUUCUCAUGCAUUUACUGAGGUGUUCCUGUAGAGAUAAAGAGUAAGUGUGCACACCAAACAGCUGCAUGCAUGAGGUGAAGCCGGUUUAAGAUGUUUUGUAUAAAAAGCACCACCUUUUUUUUAAUUGUUUUGUAAGUUUUGAUGUCUAAUUUAUUCUUAGACUUUCUUUUUGAAUGUUACAUUGUAAGAAGAAUUUGGCCGUUUGUUUUCAGAUGCGUGGGGGGGGGGGGGUUACUUUUGCUCGUUUCUAUUUGAAGAAUAGCGUUUCUGUUUGACUGUCCUGACGAUCUCAAACAGCACAUACUGUAUAAUCAGCAGGUUUACUGAAUCCAAGUUUUUCAUCUUGGUUCACUUAAAUGUAUAAACCUCCUUUUGCAUGUCCUGUUACAGUACCUUGUUUGUUUUUUGCUUGAUCCUCACUUCAUUUUUGCUGUACGAUUAGUACGUAAUGUGUAAAAGUCUACGCAGCAGCGCUCUUUCAUUAGUCUGUGCAAAAAAACCAACAUCUGUCAUCAUCAAAUCGGGAUAGGAAAAACAUUUCUCUCUGAUGCUGGAGAUUCUUUCACCUGCUGUCCGUAGAGCCACUUUACUGUCUGUGAACAUGAAACGGAUCCAUGUGUGACGCAUGACUCGUACGGGCUUCAGGAAUCAGUGUUUGGAUAGUUUCAAAACUGGACUUCAUGAGGACCUGAACAUACGACAUCUUCAACAGAGUGAAAGGAAAAUGUACUUUUUUUUUCUUUUUUUCCUUUAAUUUAAUGUAAAUGAAUGUCAGCAUUGUCAACAAAAAUAAACAU